GCUUUUCUACUUCCGCAUCCCCUAUACAUUUUCCAAGAAAAAACCUCGUCAUUUUCUCAUCCAUAAAACCACAAAAAAAGCCCAUCUUUUCUCCUUCCCCCACAAUUCCUCGGUUGACUCCUUGUUAUGUAACAUCAGCUGAAACAGUAAAUCGCCAUGAAUGCUCCAACUAAGCUUGCAAUAGCCCUCAUCGUCAUCUUCGCAACGAUUCUUUUAGCACUUUUCAUAGAGCUAGUUUACGUUCUUUGGCGUAAACGAAGCUUCAGUCAGCGCAGCGUCAUCAGCGGCGGCGCACGUUCCAUUGAAUCUGAUUUUUCGGGUUCAACUUUCUACGCUGCUCCCUCUAAGGAACUUCUCUACUUCUUCUGCUGGAAAAACCAUCCGGCUCGUGUGGAGCCCUCCUCUGGGGUGGUGUCCCCGACUCCAACGGAGGCUGCUACGGCGCCGGAAUCGGAGGUAACCGCGACAGAGGACGAAGACAACGAACUGGCGGCGUGGCAGGCGUUGUACGGGCAGUCGAGGAUCUUGUAUACUAUAAAAGAAGAGGAACGAGAAGGGAACGAGAGCGUCGAGAAUUCCGCUGAUCAGAGUGAAGCGAGAAACGAGAAGCGGGCUUGUCCGAGGGACUGUUUGUCGGGUGACGUGGUGGUUGCAGUUGACUCGGAGACUCCGCUUUCGACGCCAUGCGCAUCGCCUCCUUACUUCACACCGUCCCCGUCUCCAGAUCGUGAUCUUGAUUCAGGGCUUUUGAUAUUUUCACCGGAAAUGGAUGAAGUAAUCUCGCCAGAAAAUGACGUAUUGUCAGAUAGAGAAGUGGGGUUCGUGAGUUUAAGAAUUGAAGGGUAAACAAUUAGUCAUAUUUAGCAUGUAAUCAAAUAUAUUUCAAUCCACU